AUGUCGUCAGCAGUGGCGGAGUCGUUGACUGCCGAGUGGUCGGAAGAGGAGGUUAAGAGCGCGUUUCAGUCGAUGACGAAAAAUAAGGCUCCUGGCCGGGACGGCUUGCCAAAGGAGCUCUUUGAAGCGCAUUGGGACAUCCUGGGCAAACACUUCAUGUCGCUGGUGAAAAGUUUCUCGGACACGGCGUCCCUCCCAGCCUCCACAAAAGACGCAGUAACCAUCCUGCUGUACAAGAAAUGGGGUAGAGAUCAGCUGGAGAACUACCGUCCAAUCACAUUGCUCAGCUUCACCUACAAAGUGAUAGCGCGUGUGGUAGCGGACAGGAUGAAAAAAUUGCUCUCGGAGGUAGUCUCACCGGAGCAGUUUGGCUUCUUACCCGGGAGGAGGUUGUCGGACGCUGUGGGGCUAGUGGCGGACAUUAUCGAAGCGGCCAAAAAUAAAGAUAAAGAUUGGUACCUCCUGCUUGUUGACUUCAGGAAGGCCUUCGACUCGGUGUCGCGGAGAUUCCUGUUUACGGUGCUGGAGAAGAUGAGCUUCCCUCCCCGUUUUGUCGGAUGGAUUCGGGGCCUGCAUGAGAACACACGGACAAGCUUGUCGGUUACCGGUUGGAUUGGUGAAGCGGUCGAAGUGGUCUCGAGGGUGCGUCAGGGUUGCCCCCUAGCACCUUACUUGUUUUUGUGCGCGGUGGAACCGCUGGCGCAAGAAGCGGCGAACCGGAGGAUAGGCAUUUCCGAGGGUGAUCAGCGGCUGGCGUACCUUGGUUAUGCCGACGAUACAACUCUUAUCCUGGAGGGGGAGGAGCAGAUUGCAGCGGCAGAGAAGCUGUUAGAAGAGUUUGCAGGGGAGUCAGGUCUCGCUACUAACAAGGAGAAGUCAGUUGUCUUACCACUGGGGUCGAAUCUGGGCAGGCAGCCCUGGAAGACCGAUGGUUUCAAAUGGGCGAAGGCUGAUGAGGCAGAAAGGUUGCUGGGGGUGUGGGUGACUCCUGCUGGAAGCUGCAAUCCUACAUGGGAGAAGGCUUUCGCACAGAUUAAGCGGAAAUUGUCGCAGUGGGAGGCGCAGCACCUCACAACUGGCGCUCGUGCUGCGGUGAUAAACUGCUACAUCUCACCAAUAAUCUUCUUUCAGGCUCAGGUGUACCCGCCACCGAUGGAUAUUUGGGGGAGGAUACUGAAACUGACGCACAACUUCAUGUCGAGAAACCGGGCCUCUACCGACAAGGAAUUCAUACUGUGGAGCAGAGAGCUGCUGUACAUGGCCAGAGAAGAGGGGGGCGUCGGUGUGAAGGACCCCGAAAUCGCACUUACCUGCCUAAUUGCCAGAAAGAUCGAGCUGCUGCUCACCGAGACGAACGCGCUGAAACGCGACAUCAUGCUCCAGGCUGCGGACUUGCCGCUAGGAACGGACACUUUCGUCGCUCACGUGAAGCUGCUCAAAUGCUGGCGCGGGAAAAGCGAGCGGUGGAAGCUUGCGUGCGCUAACUUCAUGCAGUCGCCGCUCGCCAUCACGCCGCUUGAUUUAUCACGGGAGGAAGCUGCGAGGGAACGGAUCGUUUUCAACCGCCAUAUCCUGAUGAAUGGCACGACCCCGGUGGGCAGCCAGAAAGCCGCGGAGAAAUUGUGGGAGGUGCGUCUGGGAGACCUGCUGACUGCGGGUGGUGACGGGAGCCGGCGUGUAAAGGAUGACAAAACCCUAGCGAGGGAGCUCGGUGGCUCAAAGCAGGCGAAGCUUGCUCUACGGGCGUGGGAAGCAGCACCGCAGAGCUGGAAGCUGCUUCUCCUCUCAGCCGAGCAAUCUGGCGCACCCACCACCCAGCUCCGCACUCCGCUCCAGCGCACAGCGGCUUUCAGUGGUGGGGGGGCUACCAUCGCUGAAGGAUUUGAAGGGAAAUUGGCAACAGUCGAAACAUCAAUCGGCCAAACGGGAGCUCUGGGCGGGCAGAUGGGCAGGAGCUAUUGA